AAAGUCUCAGAAAUUUGAAUAUAUCAUUUUACAUCUUUUUAAUAGUUGAAAAAGACACAGUUUGGUCUUUGGCAAAGGACAAAAUUGAUGGCAAAUGGGGACUCGUUUUACAGAUACGAUAUCCCUAAAAAUUACAAUACCGGACUUGAGAAGGGCUACAUAGAAACGUACUAUCCCAAUACUAACAAUUACGAUGAUUUUAAUAGCCCCGCAAAUAACGGUAAUAUAUAUCACUCCCCCAUAAUAAGUAAUUAUUAUUACCAAAAUUUAUACGCACGUCAAUAUAGCCCUUUCAAUUAUUUACCUUGCAAACAGAAGCCUCAUAGUAAUAUUGAGAAUGUAUAUCAACACCCCACACCUUCUUACCCCUUGUUUCAAUCAUCCACGAUCACCCUUCCCUCUCGUCAUUGCAAGGAUGAGAAGGACUCUAUUGUUAAAGUUGUCUCCAGGACCUCGUAUAACCCUCAAUACACGAUAUCACCAUUAUCAGCAGAUUAUAAAAGCAAAAGUAUCUCCCAUAACAUUAGUUUUUAUGCGUCUAAUACCUCGACAUCGAAAUCCUUUUCCUACCACUCCUCUCCUCGAGAAGUAUUAGCAAGAACAACUGUAGCCCCCGGGGCCAAAUUAUACAACACUUUUACAUCCACAAUGCAAAAUACGCUUCCUUGCAAUAAUAAUCAUAACAAUGGUAUCGAUUACCAAAAUUUUCCUUUGCCCUUUUAUGAAAACAAUUAUCACAGGGCAUUAGCCGUAGUGGGGAAUCCUAAUCACCCGUCUGCCCAUCGGUACCAUCCACCUAUGUAUUAUUACGACUAUUUUUGUGAGGAGAGAAAUCAGGGUUGUUGGAUCGAUGGUCAUGUGUUUGAUGAUAGACUACUAAAUAAUCAUCUAUUAACUAAAGAAAGCUCCAAUAAUACUACUCCAUCUAUAAUGACUUAUUGCGACGAAUAUAAUCACCAUGCCAGUAUUAAAAACAUCCAAAUAAAGAGUAAACCCGAUAUUCAAAAUGCAGCAACCAACGCAAACAAAACGAGCAAAUCAGAUCCACAAGGUUCGCUAAACCAAAAUAUGGCCAACGAUAAACCAUUUAAAUAUGAAGACACAAAACCUACCAAUCACCCGGUUAUACCCAUUACUAUGGACAGGGAUAAAAAUAUGUUCAACCUCCUCAACCAACCAAAAGGGAAUAUUAUCCAAUCCGACACGGGCUUUUAUGAGAAUAAUAGAAACAUGACUAGCAAUCUAUUAUCUAUCGAUGCUCCCUUUCGCCAAAACGAAAAAUUGCUCUAUACCGUCAAUAGUAAUAAUAAUCAAUACGACUCGUCCACCUAUUUUUUCAAUAACCCACCCUUUUACGCCAAAAGUUGUUUCAACUUUAAUAGAAAUGAUAGCAACAAUGUAAAUUUAAGCCAAUCCUCAAAAAGUUUAGAGCGACUAACGUUUAAAAGCAUCAACGAUAACGAAGAUCACAAACUCGGCAAUACUUCCAGUCCCACCAAUUUGUUUACUUGGUAUUCCUGGAUGAAUCCAGCUGGAACCAACGGUCAAUCCAGGAGACGCGGCCGCCAAACCUAUUCCAGGUUUCAGACACUCGAAUUAGAGAAAGAAUUUCGUUACAAUCACUAUUUAACGCGUCGCCGGAGACUCGAGAUAUCCCAUACCCUGUGCUUAACGGAGAGGCAAAUAAAAAUUUGGUUCCAAAACAGGCGCAUGAAACUAAAAAAGGAAACCCAGGCCGUCAAGUUGAUCAACAAAUCCAUCGGGAAAGAUGGUCUAGAUUCGUCGAAUGAGAAUGAUGUCGGUGGUUUGAUAAGCAAUGAUAAUUAUUCAGACAGUGAAAGAGUGGAAGACAUAGACCCUUACGAAAGCCACGUUGAGGAAGAAUAUGAAAUAUAUUGAUUAGAAUUUUGGGAUAAAGAGGGGUGUGCAAUAUACAUGGAUUCUCUAAUCAAGUUAUAGAAUAUAAUAUGUCGCGUUCCAGUAUUAUAAGGUUUUUAUCUUAUUAGAUACUAAUAUAUCUCCAUUAUUUAUUUUUUAAAAAACAUGAAGCAUUAUCAAAUCGCCCAAAAAUAUAUAACACGGUGACUAAUUAAUUUUUGUCAUUAAAUUUUUAAUUAAUUUGGUUCCCUUGAAUGAGAUUCUUAAUGAUCACUGUUGCAAUUCCAAAAAUUGAAACCAUAAAUAUUUCCAAGUAUUUUCUUAUUAUUUUUUUAUACAUAUUUUAAGCGGCAAUAAAUUAUAAAUAAUAAAAAAGUAAGAACCUAUAUGUGAUAAUUGUAUAAUUAUAUUUAUUUUCUAAAGAAUUAUAAUACUUUAUAUAAAACAUUUUCCCUUUAUUCUCCCGGUUAUCUAAACUUCUGUAAAAUAAUGUAUAUUAUAUUUUCUAAACUUUUUUAAAAAAAAUAGUAAUAUAUAUACGCAUUUUGCUAAGUUAUUUGAUAAAGCUACUAGAAGUUCCUUUCGAUAUUUAUACUAAAUAUUCUAAUAACAUUUAGUAAUUUAUUUCCCUAAAUUAAUUAUUAUACAUUAUAAUAUGCAUAUUAUAGGUCAUUUUAACUAUUUUUGAUUGUAUUACUAUUGUGAGUAAGGCUUCUAGAUAUUAUAACAUCAAAAAAUACCUUAUAGUAUAACCCCAUAUUAUAACAAUGCAUCAGUCGUUAAGUAUUUUAUUUAUUAAAAAUAACAUCAUUUUGUAUUCUAAGAAUAUAUUUUUUUAUUAAACCUUCUCAGAGCAUUAUGGAAAAGGGAGAGGGGGAUCAGAUGAUUAUCAUUAACCAUAAAAAAAUGUAGGCACAUAUGUUGAAAUCAAAAUCCACAUCACGUGUCUAGUUCACUUGCUAUAAUACAUCAAUCGUAAUGCUAAAUUCGCCUGUACUUUUCCUAUUUAAUAUAUUACUCUUUUUUUUGUAUACGUAUAAAAAUUUGAUAUUUUUAUUAAAUAUUAAAAUUGUUAACUACUUCCUUUAGGUACAUUAUUUAUUACUAAUUGUUUUUCAAUAUCAAUUCCGUGCUAAAAAAAAUAGGCUGUUGAUAUUUAUGAAGAUGUUACACAUUCCUCAACCGUGUAAAGGCGGAUAAUAAAUACUUCUCUGCGAAUUUUUUAAAACAAAAAAAAAUAACCUGUUAUAAUAUAUUUUAUCUGCCAAAAAUCAGAUUAUUGUAAAUUUGACAUAUUAUAUUAUAAUAUAAUAAUUUAUUUUAUCAUUAAAUAUUUUUUAUAUCUAUGAUUAUUUCUUUUAUAAUUUUUUCUAAAAAAUUGGCCAUUCAUUUGUAAGGUCACCUUUUGCGAGGAGUAAGUGACGAUUGUGAUUUCCGCCUCCCAUCGCUUUCUUAAAGAUAACUAACGAUAUAUAUAUAUACAU